UCAACUUGUACCAACAUUAAAGUUGGUAAUUCUAUUUAUAAUUUUGAUUCAUAUAAUCAUGAUUCAUCUUUUAAAUUAUUAACUAGGGAAAUACCCGUUAUAAAAACUUAUUUUACAUUGCUAGAAUAUAAAUCUGAUAAUAAAAUGAAUAUAUAUGUAAGACCUCCUGAUCCCUUAUCUGAUAAUGGAGAUAUUACUCAAAAUUGGAAGCAGUGGAAAAAAGAUUUUAUGAUAUUUAUGAAUGUAAGUAAUUUAAUGGAUAAACCAAAAGAAGAACAAGCUUAUCUUUUAAGAAGUUAUAUAGGAAAAAUUGGUCAAAAUGCUAUAGAAAAAAUUGUUUCAAUCAAAGAAAGAGAUGAUAUGAAUAUAUUAUUAGCAAAACUUGAUAAAUAUUUUUGUCCCUCUAAAAAUGAAGUUGUUGAAAGAUAUAAUUUCUUUAAUUUAAAAAAAAAAAAGGAUGAAUCUAUUGAAACUUAUAUCACUCAGUUGAAGAGUAAAGCAAAAACUUGUAAUUUUGGAAAAAUGGCAGACAGUUUAAUUAGAGAUAAAAUAAUUAUGGAAAUCCAUGAUAAACAUUUGAAAACAAAAAUUUUUAAUACAGAAAAUCUCAAUUUAUCAACAUUAAUACAAAUUUUUAAUGAGCAUCAAAUUUUGCAAAAUAAAAAAAAAGAAGAAAACAGGACAAAAAAUGAUUCAAAAUGUGAUAAUGCAUCUGUUAAAAAUACAUCUAAAAUUGUUAAAAAUUUUGAUGAAAAGACUAAUAAUUCAAACAAUAAUGAAAAAUCAAUAAACGUGCAAAAUAAAAGGAAUUGUAGAAAAUGUAACCAAAGACAUCCUAUAAGAGCUUGUCCUGCUUGGGGUUUGAAAUGUGAAAAAUGUGGCAUAAAUAAUCAUUAUACUAAUUGUUGUCCAAUUCAAUUUAAUGAAAAAAAAGAACAAAAAUCAAAUAUUACUGGUAAUAUGAAUUUACAAACGGAAAAUUUACAGUUUCCUAGUGCUCCACCACUUUUGGAUGUUGAACCCAGAUUGUAUCCAAAUUUAGAUCAUGCAAAAAUGUCUCAAGAAAUGAACAAAUAUAAUCAUCAGCAUGCAAUUUUAUUGACACAGCCAAAUCAAUGGUCAUGGAUAGAGAAUAAAAAUAAAAUCACUAAUGAAAAUUUACAAAAUAAUAAUGUUUCAUUGCCUCCAGUAUCGAAUAUGAAUACAGGAUAUGAGUAUAACAUGCAAGUUACUGAAAUAAAAAAAGAAAGCACAAGUAAUAUUGAUAAAAAUGAUAUUUCUAAGACAUCUAAAAAUGAAUGUCGAAUAUCAUAGAAAAAUAUGUAAGAUAUUUUAAU